GCGCAAGGGGCGAGAACAACCCGAUCCGGCGGAGCCAGCGAGCGGAGCGCAGACGCGGAGGGAGGCAAAGUGUGAGCUUCACGGAGAGCCGCUAUCGACGAGAUAGAUGCUUAGAGGAGACAUGUGCUGUUCGCAGUCAAGCGACUAAGCUGACUCUCGCAGCGCGGCGUCCACAGAAUUACGCACGAAGCGCUAUUCCAAGGUGACCAACUUUUACGCACGGGACCACUGGAGUUGUGGCGUUUUACCUGUGACCAGAAUGCUGCAAUGUUAUCACAUUUAACCGCGGUUUUGGAGCUUGUUGCCUGAUCGUUUCUAACUGGAAUUUUGACUGUAAAAGUGGAGGCAUCCAGCACUUGGACACAUGCGACCGAAUCACUUUUAAAAAAAUCACACAUUUGGAGACGUUUUGUUGGAAUCACAGCGGGGGGGCUCACCGAGACUCGCUCUUGCACCGCGGACCGAUAGAGCGGGACCUGUGUAGCUGUAGCCUUCGUCAAUCGCAGCACCCUGCAUCGGGCUACGCACCUGUCCCACAGAGCCCCUGACGUCCCCGUGGGUGAGUUUUCAAAACAGCGGCAUGGACAGAGUCAGACGUCUAGCCUGCGCGUGAGUCACCGCGAGCAAACAUUUGGACGAGCGGCGCUCACAGGCAGUGACACAUUUGGGGAUAUUUGACCGUGCGUGCCUUGCACAGGCGCACGACACCGGGACGAGGCUCGGUGCAGCCGGAGGAUUGGACGCCGCGGUGCUAAAUGCCCAGCCGGUCGCUUGCGGCUCCUCAGGCUGGGCGGCGACAUGAGGUCCUGGGUCCUUCUGCUGCUGCUGGCUGCGCUCUCGGCGGCCCGUCUGCGGCUCGGCAGUGCUGAGGGCGAUCCUCUCCCCCCGUCGCUGGUCGACCUGGUGAGGAACUCUCCCAUCUCCUCCGUGGACGACCUAAAACUGCUGCUGCAGCAGGAGACCAGUGCAAUUGAAGAAGAAGAAGAAAACGAGCAUGAUAUUCUCACAAACCACACCCAUGGUCGAUACACUAGAAGUCUUGUGGAGGCGCAGCCGGCCCAGCAGGCAGCCUGUAAAGUUCGCACAGAGGUGAUGGAGGUGACGAGGUCCAUGCUGGACCGCCGCAAUGCCAACUUCAUGCUGUGGCCACCGUGCGUGGAGGUGCAGAGAUGUUCGGGCUGCUGCAACACGAGGCUUCUGCAGUGCGUCCCCACCGUCACCUCCAGCAGAUACCUUCAGGUGUUUAAAAUCCAGUACAUUAACAGGAAAGCCCACUACGACAAAGCCGUAAUCUCAGUGGAAGAUCACGUCAGCUGCAGGUGCCAAUCUACCAUACCUUCCUCAUCCUCUUCAUCUUCUUCCUCCUCGUCCCUUCCGAUCACUCACUCUUCCAUCCAGAGCAACCCCAAUCCCCUUCCACCUCCACCACAGCAGCCUCCCCCUUCCUCCCACCUUCCCCUGUCCCUUCCCCGUUCCGUUCACCCUGCUUCGCCCAAGACUCAAGCCUCCAAGGCCGACCUCCAUCGCCACGAUGACCUGAAGCACAACCAGCAGCGCUACCAUCCUGAGGAGCGUGAGCCGGUGGCAAGGCAGUGGCAGCAGGGCAGCUACACCCAGCUGGUGCACUGGACGCAGCCCAGGGUGCACCAGCCUAUCGGGGGGGUUCUCGGGUCUGUCCGCAACUGGCCAUCGGAGGCAAGGGGAGAGCAUAGUGUCAUGGGAAGUACACAGCAGGUCGGGCCCGGGAGUGGGUAUGAAGGGAGCAGGGAGGAAGGCAGCGUGCAUGUAGCAAACAGUGAUGGUGAAGCGCAUCAUCCUGAUCACGCAGAGAGGCAGCAACAGGUCUUACAGCAUCAGCAGAGACAGCAGCAUCAGCAGCAAUAUCAGUAUCAUAACCCGCAGCAGUACAACCACGGACGAGCGGAGGAUCAAGAGCUGAGGGUGCAGUAUCGACUCAACGCUCCCCAAUCGGACAGCGCCACCCCAGCUCACGGCCCAACCCAGCCACCCAAAUUAGAACAAAACCCCACCCCUCCUCUAACCACGAAUCAGAAAGACUCAGUGACCAGCCAAAAAAACACAGAGGUCACAAAUCACAAACAGACUGAGACUGAAACAGUCAGUCAAAAAGUAGGGAACGAGAGGGAGGAAAGUGGGUCAGCCAAUAGCAGGGACUCGGCUGGUGCGGAGCUGGCCAAUCAGGAGAAGGAAAAAGACUCUAAGCUAACCAGAGGAGAUGGUCAUUUAACAGAGGAGGAGAGGAGACAGAAACUUCUGGAGAUGGUACAGAGGGAACCGGAUAAACAGACUCAUCUUCAUCCGCAUCAUCCACUGCAAAGACCAAAGCCAACUGCAUUUAAAACAGCCCUCUACACCGUGGCGCCCGUCUCACCCUCUGCACGUCAGGCCCCGUUCCGUCCGGCCUCGCCUCGUCGCAGGAGGAAACACCGCAAGCGCAUCAGCAAAGCAGCCAUCAGAGCCAUGAUCAUGUAGAGCUGCAGAAAAUGGUAAAGCUAACCAAAAGCUUUUGGCCAGACACAUUGAUCCAAAGGCAUACAGAGAGACAAGGAACAUGGGAUUCUUGAAUGUGGGACAUCUGACUCUGUGGACAAAUGCUGAGGAAUCAACGGAGGUGAUGGACACUGCCGCUGUGUUCGAUGAACGGCUUCAGAGAAAGUCACCUGUCCUGCUCCAGAGCUGCCGCAGAGCGUCCAGCUUCAUGGAUUUGAUAAAAGUGCAAUCUUACGAACUCCUUGGAUUGGAAGAUGUUUGUCACACUAAACACUGGACUUAAUUUGUAUGAACCACAAAUCCCAUUAACGUGGAUCGACGGAAGCUUACCAGAUGUCCGAGGCUAGGCCGGUGGUCUCUCCUUGCAGUUGGCAGCCAUUGAUUGGCUCCUUUAACACUUGUGACUUCCAGCUCAACUACUGAUUGGUGAACCUGACUAUGACUUGGACUAAGAAGUCAUCAUCUGGGGCUAAAUGUGGUGCUCAAGUUGUAUCUGUAGACGUGGAGAACUGGAUUUCUACACUGGGAUGAUAACUGGAAACUGGAGAGCGUAGCUCAGGCCUCAAUGCCAAACAUUACUGUUAUCUUACGAUGUCUGAAUCUAACUUUAUCUAACACUGGGGUAGCCAUACACUGAUCAUACUACACUGACUUUAGAGAAGUGCUCUGCCGUGUACUGUAGCUUAAUGUACUGGAUAAUAUCGAUAACCUGCUCAGUUUGUACUACUGCCAGAUCAAAAUGGAAUAACAACCAAAUGCCUGUCUAGAUAACAUGCUAUGAAUAUCCACAUUAAAGCAAGUCUUAAAGACCUGGCUUUUAGAGAUUGCUGUGAGCCUGUUAUAGCCAACACUGUAUGUAUAAAUGCUUUUAGAAAAUGAUAUCUGGGGGAAAAGGAAAAACUUUAUUUCUUAACUUAUUUAAAAAAGGAGGAUAUGAAGUCCUCCAGUUCUCAAGUGUAAUUAUUGUUGCAAACGUUUCAGAUUAUAAUUAUUGGUUGUACAACUGUUACUGUUAUGAAUGUUAUUUUUAAUAU